AUGCUAAUCAUGGAAUAUUUCAAAUGUGUAUACAAAGAAGAUCAGAAAUGUCAAGCAACUAAACAUAUCCAAAAGAUAUCAGACAGUCCUACAAAAUACAGGAUCACUUAUUAUGCUGAUCAUACAUGCCACCCUGAUCCUAUAAACAAUACGUACAUAUCUAAUUUUGAUUUAGUUCAAGAAAAUGAUUGUACCAAUUACAUAAGUUUUGAGUCAAAAAACCCAAAAUCCAAACAAACCAUUAAUCAUGCAAUAAUUUCUCUAAAUUCAACACCAUCAUUUUCUCUUCCUACUUCAAAGUCUCUUGAUCACAUAUCAGCGACAACGACAACGACAAUGGAAUCAUCAAUAGUUCAUAUUGCAGACGUAUUUUCUCCAACGAUGUCAAUGAGCUCUGGUUAUGUUGGUAGUUCAGGUCAUACUGAUAUUUCAAUUUGGGAUUAUAUCGAUGUAGCAAAUUCAAAAUCUGAACCGUAA